ACAAUUGUGGCGAAAGUUCGUGUAGUAAGGUAGGAUAGCUAAGUGCCGUAUUAUUAAUAUUUUUUUUUAGUUAUUUGGCUGUAAGUUUCAACACCCUGAACUGAACAACUACACUAUGGAAGUGUGGGAACUGGGAAGUUUGUUAGGCUUUAAAUACCAAAGCCAAAGUGUGGGAUGGGAUCUCUUUAUCAAUUUAACGUUUUUCAAGUCCAAGUCAGCAUCAGCCAUCAACCACUUACUUCAAGCUCAGGCUGGUGAAAGUAUCAAAUUGGCAAAGAGUGGCAAUCUUAGUUCAAGAUGGAGAUUGAUCCAAGCAUGCUGCAGGGGGCUGGAGGGGGAAAUGCAGCUCAGAAUGCAGAGAAGCAGAAGGAAGCCAUGGCCAAGCAGGAAGAGAUGAAGAACAGCAUGCUGUCCAGCCUGUUGGACCAGAAGGCACGAGCCAGGCUGAACACAAUCUUGCUGGCCAAGCCGGAGAAGGGCGCCCAGCUGGAGGGUAUGCUGGUGAACAUGGCACGUUCGGGUCAGAUCCAGCAGCGUCUCACCGAGCCGGAGCUCGUCGGACUGUUGGAGAGGGUCAGCGACUCGACCGGAAACAGGGCGACGGCUAAGGUCAAGUUUGACCGGAGGCGUGCCGCCAUGGACUCAGACGAUGACGAAGACUACGAAAGUCUUCUGGGAUAAACUGUGCUGAAAAGAAACUGCCACGCUACGGGCUCGAGUUGCGCCCGUCGCGACAUCUGUAUGAAGUAAACAGCGAUGCAGUCACGGAGGUGAUUUGGUGGAGCUCGACAAUAGCGCCACCUAUGCCGGCUCGAGAGGUGCUGGCUGGCGUGAACUAUCCAGAAUCCCUGGUGUGAUUUUAUUGGUCGGCUAAGCAAAGCAUCAUACGGACAGCCACUGCUAAGAGGGAUGCGCUCAGGCAUGUUGUUUGAGUGCAUGCCCCAAAUGAUGCGAUUCAGUGACUUAACCUCGGGAAAUAGAGGCUUCCCUGAUGUUGCAUUCAUGCAUGCUGCCACGGUAAGUCCGAUUCACAAUGUGAAUACUGUGAUUCGGAAUCGAAAGGCAGCAGACUGGGGACUAGAUACUGCCCGGUAGCGGGCCGGGGGGGGGGACGCUGACAUUGGUGUAACACGCUUUAUGUUGAACUGAACUGCGGUGCGUUUUUGUACUGACUCACGAGAAUACACAACUACCAAAUGUG